CAAACUAUGAUUGCUGAAGACUUUGAUGAUGAAGAGCAUGCAGAUAUUACAGAUAUACACCAAGAAGUUGAAAAUGAUGUUAGGAGUUAUCAUGAUGAAAAUGUUGCUGAGGAAAUGCCUGAGAAAAUAAGUUCGGCCCUGGCCAUUGAUGAGGAAAUGCCUGAUUCUCCUACGGGUAAUAUAGCACCGCAAACUAUGAUUGCUGAAGACUUUGAUGAUGAAGAGCGUACAGAUAUACACCAAGAAGUUGAAAAUGAUGUUAGGAGUUAUCAUGAUGAAGAAGUUGCUGAGGCAAGACUAAAACUAAUCUUAAGAAUAUGGAGGCGGCACUCUUCAAAGAAAAGGCAGUUACGUGAGCAAAGGCAGUUAGCAGCAAAUGCUGCAUUAAAUUCCCUCUCAUUGGAUCCACCAAUUCGACAUAGGAAAGAUGUAAGUCUUUUUGUUCCCCACCUUCUCUCCAAUAUAUAACAUGA